AUGGCGCCAUCGCUAUUGGCAAAACUUAGAUUGUUGUCGGAGCAGACGAAGACCUCUAUUGAAGAACGAGACAGGCUGCGGUUGCUGAAGGUGCCAAUUUCAGCACAUGACGAUAGGGAGAUUGUGAAAUCUUUACAUACUAUCCAUGAUGGCUUGUUAGAGAUCGAAAAUGAUCUAGGAGAAAGUACAUAUGACCAGAACCAGUUCAAGAAACUAUGUGCCAGCUGCAGUUCGAUAUUGGACUUGUAUAAGAAUGACCCAGAUGCUUCCAAAGAUAUUGAUUAUGAAAGUCUCAAGUUUAUUCCUAGUAGGCAAGCACCAGCUAGCGUUCCCCGGCAAUCUUCUCUUGCGUCAUCGUCGCCGUCAUCUGCGCCGUCACAGAGCAAAUCAGUCCGGUUUAAAGACAAAGUUGUAGACACUGAGAGAUUCAUCCAGCCUUACAGAGACUUCCCGGAUGAAGAAGACGAAGAAUCCCGUGCAUCAGUUCCACCAUUGUCAUCUAGUGAUCUUUACGAGAAUCAGCAGCAGUUAAUACGAGAUCAAGAUGCUCAUCUCGACAGCUUAUCUCAGAGCGUUUCCCGCCAACAUGAACUUAGUAUUCAGAUCGAUUCUGAGCUCGACUCGCAUCUAGAGCUGCUCGACGAUGUCGAUAAUCUAGCUGAUCGUAGCCAGGAUAGGCUGGCCCUCGCCCGUAAGCGACUAGACAUUUUCUCUCAUAAGGCACGUCAGCAUGGGUCCUCCAUCACCAUCGCUAUUCUGGCGCUGAUUCUUGUGAUUCUCUUGGUUGUGCUGAGUUGA